AUGAGGGACUGGGCAGCCGGACGACGACGACGGUGUCUCGGCGGCUUUGGCUUUGUGCGGGUUGAAGGCAUCGGCGGCCUUUUGGUGCAUCGGGCAUCCGGGCUGCUGCUUGUGAGUUUCUACCGCCUCCCAGGUCUGAUUCUCUCGGGUCGAUCAUACCGGAGGCUCCUUAUUCAAUGGCACGGCCGGGUGUCCCUGAGGAAUCCCGGCCGGAGGGGCAGGCUCGGCCCAGAACCAGCCCAUUCAUUACGUGCUUCAGCUGGUGCAGCUGCAUUAGGCACGGGAGCUUUCAUUCAGCUGGCUCAGACAGAUAAUGGGGGAAGCGAGCAGACAGGCGAGCUUCGCAUGUUGGAAGCAUCCCGAGAUGAGAUUCGGAAAACCAUCGACGGCAACGAUCGAGGGGUAUCCAGGAUUGUACAGGAGAUCCUUCUAUUCUGGGACGUGUAUAUCUGGGAGCCAAUCUGCACCGGAACAAGGUUCUUACACCUCGUGGUUAUCUUCGUGCCCGUCAUCCUUUCGGUCCCCGCCAUCUGGUUUGGGCGACGGCAUCCUGACAAAGAUGGUGAGAGAAGCGGCACCCUGUGGUGGUAUGGAUUCCUUGUGAAAUCCAUGGAGUUGGCUGGGCCUGCAUUUAUCAAGCUCGGUCAGUGGGCAGCGUCGAGAACGGACAUCUUCCCCACGGCCAUGUGCGAUACAAUGUCCAAGCUGCACUCGAAUGCGCCAGCCCAUUCUAUGCGUGUCACUCGGAGAACAGUCGAGGAAGCGUUCAAUGGUCGGAAUUUCGAAGAUAUCUUUGACGAGUUCCACGAAACACCUCUUGGAGUUGGCGCAAUCGCCCAAGUCUACAAGGCAAAGCUCAAACCCGAUCUUGCAGCACCGCAAGAUCUCGGGGCCGUGCCUAAGGAACCACGGCCUCUUUCUCAAAAUGUGAAAGAUCGCGUGAGAACGGUCUUGAAGAGCUCACCCAAUCAGGUCCCAUCAACGUACGUCGCAGUCAAGGUAUUGCACCCCAACGUGGAUCGCAUCGUGCGAAGGGAUUUGAAGAUCAUGGGCUUUUUCGCCACAUUGCUCAAUACCAUCCCGACGAUCGAGUGGCUGUCUCUGCCGGAUGAGGUUUCGCAGUUCGGGGAGAUGAUGAAACUCCAGCUGGACCUGCGAAUCGAGGCCGCCAACUUGGAAACGUUCAGAAAGAACUUUAGGGGUCGAACGACGGCAUCAUUCCCUUUUCCCUAUUCCGAAUUCACCACCCGCAACGUCCUUAUUGAAGAGUUUGCUCAGGGAAUACCCCUAGCAGACUUUAUGGAAAACGGAGGGGGUGUCUUCCAGCAUGACAUUGCUGACGAGGGACUGGACGCGUUUCUCCGGAUGCUGCUUCUAGACAACUUUGUUCAUGCCGACUUGCACCCAGGCAAUAUCAUGGUUCGUUUUUAUCAAUCCGCACAGCCAAAUCUUCGGCUGCGUCGGUCUCGUGAGACACCGCCUACCUCGGAUGAUGACGACCACCUCGAUGUCACAGAACAAGUUCUAGAACGGUUACGCCCGUACCGACGCCGCAAGGACAAAUCAGCGUGGGAGGCCGAGCUGGCCAAAAUUGAUGCGGAGGGGUAUCGUCCGCAGCUCAUCUUCAUAGACACAGGUCUAGUGACGGAACUGAACGCAGUCAAUCGCGAUAAUUUCCUGGCCUUAUUCCGAGCUGUCGCCGAGUUUGACGGCUACAAGGCCGGUCAUCUUAUGUGCGAGCGCUGUCGACAGCCUGAGGCCGUCAUAGACAAGGAAGUCUUUGCUCUCAAAAUGCAGCAUCUCGUCCUCAGUGUGAAAAGCCGCACACUAGCCCUCGGCAACGUCAAAAUCGGCGACAUCCUGCAGGAAGUCCUCUCCAUGGUGCGCAACCAUCACGUCCGCUUGGAGGGCGACUUUGUCAACGUCGUCAUCAGUAUUCUCCUCUUGGAGGGCAUUGGACGCAGCCUCAAUCCCAAUGUCGACCUUCUGAGCAGCUCGCUGCCGAUUCUGAGACAGCUCAGUGCCCAAAGUGGUGCGGCGAUGGCGAAGCACGGCGACUUCUCGAUGAUUAUGCUGUGGAUGGGCCUGGAGACGAGAAAGUUUUUGCAGGCUAGCGUUGACGAUGUUGAACGAUGUGUCAAAUACGAUCUUCUAUCACCCAAUGUAUAAAUAACGAAACGUGCACGCUAUAGAGUAGAGGGCAGAGGAUUUCUUUAGCGAUCCACAGAGCGGCAGCGACAGCUCAUUGUAAAUUCUGUAUAACACUAUUGAAAGGCAUCUUAGAUGAAGUUGUGGAAUGGGGUUUCUGGCAACAUGAAGCUUCUAUAGAAUUUAGGCGAUUCCAGCCAUUUAAUUUUGAUGGCAAUAAAUAUUGAACCUCUCCAGAU